AUGGAUCUUUGCAAGGCAUUUGAUGCUGACUCGAUUUCGGCUUCACCAGGAAAGCUGAAAUUUUUGGAUUUUAUGUCCCUCCAAAUGGGUCUUCUGGAACGACGCACUGGCGAAACACAGGGUCCUAUAACUAGCCCAGAGCCAAGAUAUUUUAUCGUCAUAUAUCACACUGAUCAGCCCCGACCUGAACGGAGACACCAGUACUUGUAA